AUGUCGAAGGUUAUUCUCUUGGCUCUUCUAUUUCCGUUGGCAAUGGGUUGUUCUGAUGCCCUACCAAGUGACUUUGCUUUUAAUGCUACCGUGUCUUUGUCAAGACCGGGAGCGUUCAGGAAGGUGAUGGACGCCAUCGCCGCGGCCCCAAGUGGUAGCGAGUCCAGGUACUACAUACAUGUUGAGGCGGGUGUCUACCAGGAGAUCGUAUGCAUCUCCAAGGAAAAGACCAAUAUUGCUUUGAUAGGGGAUGGUGCAGAUGUCACCAAGAUCACCAUGAACAGAAAGGUCCCUGACUUCGAAACUUGGGAAACAGCCACCUUUUGUAUAUGGAAUCUAAAAAUAAUAUGGUUGUCAUCGGAUUUUGCAUAUGCUUUUAACGAAUCUGUUUAUGGUGACGGAUUCAUGGCCCAGUUUAUUGCAUUUGAGAACCCCGCAGGAGAGGGCAAUCAAGCCGUAGCACUUCUGAGCGAAGCUGACCAGUCAUCGUUCUACAGAUGCCGGUUCCUUGGGUAUCACGACACCUUGUACGCAAAAGCUGGGGCACAAUUCUACAGAGAAUGCGAUAUCUAUGGAACCGUGGACUUCAUCUUUGGUCACGCAGCAGCAGUUUUCCAGCUAUGCCACCUUUAUGCCCUCCCAGCCGCCAGCGAAAUGAUCACCUUCACGGCUCAAGGGAACAAGAAUGAUGGAAAGAAAUCUGGAUUUGUAAUCCAUAACUGCACGUUAACAACCGCCCCACGGGCACGGGUACCAGGAAGCAAAAACGAGUUUAACGGUGCAUAUCUUGGGCGGCCAUGGACUUCCUUGUCCACAGUGAUUGUGAUGCAGUCAUUCUUGGACAGCUUCAUUAACCCUGCUGGAUGGCUUGAGUGGCCCGGCCAUUCCACAUCCACAGUUACUUAUCGUGAGUAUCUGAACUCCGGACCGGGCGCAGCCACAGGCGGUCGAGUUCCAUGGCCAGGAUACAAAGUUCUCAGCCAACCCAGCGAUGCUAUGCCGUUCACUGUUGGCCAGUUUAUUGUAGGGGAUUCUUGGCUUCCAGAGACUGGAAUCCCUUUUACGAGUGGCCUCUUUUAG